AUGAUCAACGGCAUGAAAUCUGUCAAGCUCAAACUGAAUAUGCAAGUAGCUGGAGACGAAAUGACGAGAGAAAUUCGGUUGAAAAAUAACAAUCAAAAAGGUACCGUGAGGGCUUCUUUCAUGGUGAUCGGAGCGUUGGCGGCCGCCAUGGCGGAAGACGGAUCGGAGCCUCGAGAUCAGGAAUCGGGAUCGAUAAAAUCCCGGGAGCAAAUCGACGGCGUAAGAGCGAGCACACCAGAGAUCUGGAGCAGCGAAGAGAAACCCUCGAAUCCUCCGGCAACCAAAAUAGAUCGGAAGAGAGAUCUAGAAGAAGAUGUGGUGUAG